AUGGCUACUCCGGGGUCCUCGCGGGAUCCAUCGACCCUGCUGGACAUUCUUACCUCCUGCUUGUCAAGCACUGCUUCCUCUCUCCCCAAGUCGCGCAAGGAUGCGCCGUCCGAUCCCUCGAUCGAACCACCGCCGGAUGGUAUCUCUCUCCUCGACACGAAAAGCGAGAUUUUGCUAUCAUAUCUGCAGCACUUGGUUUUCCUGAUUAUCUUUCAAUUGCGCCAUGUGUCAUCUGCCCAACAAAAUUCCAACAAAUCGGUAUCGUCAGACCACACUCUUAAGGACGAUAUUGUGAAGAAACUGGUCGAGCUGCGCAUCUUUCUUGAUCGUGGAGUGCGUCCGCUUGAAGGACGCUUGAAGUACCAGGUGGACAAAGUCAUCAAGGCUGCAGAUGAUGCCGAGCGCACGAAGCGAGAGAGUCAGUCGAAGAUAGCGAACAAACCCCGCAAGACUCAGCAACCAGACAGCGAUGAGGCAUCAUCCGACGGGGAGGAUCACAGUGGAAAUGGCAUAUCGACCCAAUAUUGCCGCAUUCUCCAGGGGGCGGCACCACAGAAGCCAACACCCGCCUCCAAGGCGACCCCGCAGGCUCCCAGUGAUGGCAUUUACCGCCCACCGAAGAUUAUGCCCACUGCUCUGCCUACUACAGAACGUCGGGAGCGAGAGGACCGUCGACCUCGCCGGUCCAACGUGAUUGACGAAUUCGUCGGCGCAGAGAUGUCCUCGGCGCCCACGGCAGAGCCCAGCAUUGGAAGCACGAUUCUCGCUGGUGGACGACAGACCAAGUCCAAGAAGGACCGCGAACACGAAGCCGACCGGACUACAUACGAAGAAACCAAUUUCAUCCGUUUACCCAAGGAAACCAAGAAGGAAAUGGCCAAACGACGGGGUCCUGGGCGGGAGACAACAUAUGGCGGGGACGAGUGGAAGGGACUCACCGAGGGAGCGGAUCGCAUCGAGCGCCUCACCCGGCGCGCCAAGGGCAGCGGGGCCGCGUUGGACAAGAGCCGGAAAAGAAAGGCGAACGAGGGCCAGCGCAGCGACGGAGUGGGGAUGGGGCAGAUCUUCGACAAACGUCGCAAGAAGAUCGAGGGCUGGAAACGGUAG